AUGGAUGCCCCUCCGAGAUCGUUUAUCCAAGAAACAUACCGGGAGAAAGCCCUGCGGAAAUUCAAUGAGAAUCCUUGGGUGCCGCUAGGUGUCGUGGCUACGUGUGGUGCCCUCAUAACCGCAAUGGUGAAGAUGCGUCAGGGCGACUCACGGUCAUUCAACCGAUGGCUUCGCGUGCGUGUGAUCGCGCAGGGCCUCACUGUCGCUGCCAUGGUCGGGGGGACAUACACACUGGGCUCAAAGAACAGGCAGAGCGUGAAGGAAAUUGAGGAACAAGAGAGAUUGAAGCGGGCUGAAGAGAAGAGAGAAGAAGACAGAAAAGCAUUCGAGGAGAGAUUAAAGGAAGCUGAGGAGGCCUACGAGGUUGAGAAGGCAUUCGAGGAAAAGAGGCACGGCGCGCAGGGCUCAGAACAGUCACGGUCAUGGUCAAGCUGGUUCGGUGGUGGAUCAAAAGGAGGCUCAAGCUGA